AGCAACCCCGCCUCUCUGAACAUGAACCACUACAGCAACAAGAAGAGUGCAGCAGAAAGCAUGCUCGAUGUGGCUCUGCUGAUGGCAAACACCUCCCAGCUGAAGGCAGUGCUGGACCAGGGGCCUGACUUCUCCUUUUACACCCCCAUUGUUGCCCUAAUCAGCAUCUCCCUCUGUCUGCAGGUCACAGUUGGGGUCCUGCUCAUCUUCAUAGUUCGAUGGGACCUGAAUGAUGAGCAAAAACACUGGCGGUUGAACCUUAUGGAGGACUUGGCCACAUGCCUGGUUUUCAUUAUAGUGGUCGUGAACAUCUUUAUUACUGCUUUUGGAGUCAACAUGCCGAACCGCAAGGACUAA